CCCGCGGAACGGAAUGAAGCUCACCGUCUUUACCAUUAUCGUGCUGAUUGUUUGUCUAUCGGAAUCAUGCAUUGCCACAGUUGUUCGGAAAUUGACCCGUUUGGGUCCCUACGGAAAUCAUACUCUCGGUGAUUACGUUGAUUUCAGCAGUGCGUGGGGUUUGGACUAUGGAAACCCAAACCCGAAAAUUCGACAGUCAUAUGACUUCAUCGUCGUUGGUGCUGGGCCUGCUGGUUGCUCCGUGGCAAACCAUUUAUCCGAAAAUCCUGAGGUGAAAGUGCUCCUUCUUGAGAUUGGAAAGGCGGAAAUCGCUCCUGCACAGGAUGUCCCUGGAGCAUUCCUGUUCCAAACUGCAACGGACUAUAAUUUCGGAUACUUGAGUGAGCCUCAGCCAAAAGGAUGUCAAGGUCUGAUCAACAAACAGUGUGCGUUUCAUCAUGGCAGAGGCCUUGGAGGUUCUACCAUUAUCAACAAUAUGAUCUAUACAAGAGGUAAUUGGCGGGACUUUGAUGGUUGGAAUGCAUCGGGAAACCCUGGAUGGAGCUACCGCGAGGUACUGCCCUAUUACAUUAAAGCGGAAGAUGCAAACCUAAGAGAUUUUGAAGAUAAUGGUUUUCAUGGUAAGAAUGGGUAUUUGGCAGUUGAAGACAUACCCUAUCGAACGCCUUUGGCAACAACUUUUAUCCAGAGUGCCGAGAUGGCUGGACUUCCUUACAUUGAUUACAAUAGUAUGGAUCAACUUGGAGCGUCCUACAUACAAUCGAAUAUCAAGAGAGGGGUACGCUGGAGUGCUGCUAGAGCUUUGCUGAAUCCCAUCAGAAAGCGAAAAAACCUUCACGUGUUAACCAGAGCUUGGGCCACGAAAAUUCUGAUAAAUGAUGAAUCGAAAACCGCUUAUGGUGUAGAAUACACAAGGGAUAAGAUAACAUACACUGUCAAAGCAAAACGAGAAGUGAUCAUUUCAGCUGGAGCUUUUGGAAGUGCAAAGUUGCUUUUGUUAUCUGGAAUAGGGCCGAAAGGUCAUCUUAAGGAACUUGGCAUUAAAGUAAUCAAGGAUCUGCCUGUUGGCGAAACUCUCUACGAACAUCCAGGCGUCCUCGGACCAGUAUUCCUAGUCACCAAACCAAUCGACAACAACAUUAACUUCGAAAGCAUCAUUACGCUCCCAAACAUCAUCAAGUAUCUAUUCGGCGAAGGACCAUUCACAUCAGCUUUCUCAGAAACAGUAGGAUACGUCAAAUCACCUGUAUCUCCAUAUCCAGAUGAACCGGACUGGCCAGAUCUUGAAAUAAUUCUCUCAGCCCUACAAUUGGGAGAUGAUUCAACCACCGCAGGAAGAACUUACUUCAGAGUUAAUGAUGAAAUUCAUGAGUCCUACUUCCGACCAUUGUUCAAUACUCGUGCCUUCAUGUACCUUCCACUCCUAAUGCACACCAGAACGCGAGGAUCGAUCAAAUUGAAAUCGACCAAUCCGUACGACCACCCACUGUUCAACUAUACAUAUUUUGAAGACGAUCGUGACCUGCAAGCGAUGGUGUACGCUAUCAAAGAGGCAAUCAGAAUCACCGGCCAGAAGCCGUUCAUCGACAUCGGAGUGGAGCAGUACACGCGAAAGCUACCCGGCUGCGAGAAGUUUGAGUUCAACAGCGAUGAAUACUGGCGAUGCUAUGCGCAAACUCUGACCGGCACUUAUUACCAUUAUGUAGGCACAUGCAAGAUGGGACCGGUAUCGGAUCCGGAGGCCGUCGUAGACGCGAGACUGAGAGUGUACGGUGUGAACAAAUUGCGAGUGGUCGACAUUGGGAUCAUACCGAGGCCACCGUCAGCUCAUACGGCAGCUUUGGCGUACCUGAUAGGGGAUAAGGGGGCAGACAUGAUCAAGGAAGACAAUGGACUUUUGUGAUUGGAAUAAAUGUUCAAACCGUUUGGAAUUUCGAUCGUUCCCCAGUGUUUAAAAUAAUCAAUCUUAAAUUUUGAAGUUACAGCUACUCAAAACAUAAAUUUACAAAAGUGUUUGUCCUUUCGAUUUUUUACACAAACAGGUACACAAGUUUAUUGUGAUUCGUGGCGGUUAUGCCAGUUAGUGGAGCACAUACUCACUGGACACUUGGAUGAAUAUUUGUCGAUGAGCUCGUUCCAUAUUAUUAAAAUGUAAUUGAUACUAUAUGAUUAAAAAUAUUUGACUACAUUUCUAUAAUGUUGUAAUAUUGAAUUUUAUUUUUCGUGCAUUUACCCAACAAAUAUUGAAAGGUUCAUCACAUCAACGCACGUCAUACUAACAUUCCUUUCCUUCCUCGAUGAACGUAAUGACGUGACCUGCGCCUUAUUGCUUGGAAUUCUCGAAGGUGCACAUUGAGAACGGUAAGCUACUCCCAAGCUCCAUUUGUUGGCUCCGCGUUGCAAUUCGCUAAACGAAAACGAACAGGGGUUCACAAUUUCCUAAUCACUAAUCACAACGGAAGCAAUCCUUAGAAAAAUCGACCGCAGUUUCGUUUAAAUCGGAGUCGUAGAAAUUCAGGAGAUUCCAGGAUGUUUCAGUGGCAUUUCAAAGACGUUUCAGAAAGGUUUCAGAGGCAUUUUUUGGGGGGUUCCACAAAGGAUUCCAGGAUGUUUCAGGGACCUUUCAGAGAUGUUUCGGAGACGUUUGAGGAGAAUUUCAGAGGGUUUCAGGAUAUUCCAGGGGAUUUUUAGGGGCAUUUCAAUGAGGUUAAAGGACGUUCCAGGGAGGUUUCAGGUGCA